CGUCCAGUCAAGUGAAGAAUCUCAGCUAUCUUCGCCGAUGGAUUCAUCAUUCGAUUCUGUUGCAUUCCAAAAGCUCUCACAAUUCCAAUCAUCGUCUUUUGAAAAGCAACUACCUCUGGAACGCAAAACCAACUUUAUCUUUUAAGCGUAACCAUGAAACUCUCUGCUGCCCUCCCCGCCCUCUUUCUCCCUGCUGCCAUCAGCGCCCAAGGUGUCCAACCUGAUGCCCGUAUCAAAGACUGUUACUUUGUCAAAUAUUUUGGCUCUGGUACCGACUUGAGUGCCAGCGGUGUGGUCGACUUUAACGUUGUAACUGGUGCAGACGUCGUUUGCCACACUGCCUGUAAGAGAGGCGAGGAAACCUCUGUGGGCUACAACUUUGGUGGUGCCACCACCGGUAGUGGUGAUACUGCUACGGAUGUUGACCCAGAUUGUACCAUGAAAACAGAAUUUACUGCAACUGCAGACUCGACCUCGUUGGGCUGGUCCAUUUCCUUGCCUCUCGAAUACAAGAAGGUGGUCAUGGCAUGCUACUGCACUGACGACGGGACUGACUUGACUAUUGACAAUAUUGAGGCAACCAUCGAUGAUAUCGAGGAAACCUUUGAUAACUACCUCAAUGAAGUUCAGGAUUACAUCGAGAAUAACGCUGGAUCUCUGGGUGAUGGCUGCUUCUCUGAAGACAUGACAGUCCAGGUCCUCCACAAGGGGGAGGUCGCUAUGAAGGAUCUUGAGCUAGGUGACAAAGUCUUGACCGGAAAAGACACAUAUGAGCCUAUCUACACUUUUGGUCACCGCAAGACAGACUUCCAGAAGGAAAUGUACCAAAUCUACACCGAUGGAACCAGCAAGCCCCUGGAGAUGACAGGCAAUCAUAUGGUCAUGGCCUUGGAUGCCAAGGGGCACACCCAUUCCACACGUGCUGAUCACCUUGAAGUGGGCGACGAGCUCUUUCAUGUUGAGUACCAGAAGAAAGUUACAGUGACUGCAGUCCAAACAGAGAAGAAGAAGGGAUUGUACAUGCCCCUCACUCCCAGUGGUGAAAUUGUGGUCAAUGGAAUCCUUGCCUCCAACUACAUUUCCAUCUCGGACACUGCCCCAGGUGUUGUAGAACAUUCUCAGAUGUUCUUCCCAAUGAAUGAACAGACUUUGUCUCAUUGGUGGAUGAGCCCUGUCCGCAUGCUAUGCAUGGGAGUCACUUCUGGCUUUUGCAGCAAUGGAUUUGAGGGAACUUCUGCAUAUGAAACUCAGGAGGGAGACGAAGGUAUCCUUCCCUGGUUGUUGAUGGGGCGUCACUUUGCUCAUGUUGCCGAGAACCAGCCAACUCUGGUCAGGUUCAUGCUGGGAGUCCCUACCUUCUUGCUCUUUGGAUUGUUCAAUGUUGUGGAACAUGCCUUCCUCGGUCCUGCCUAUGCGCCUUUCCUCUUCAUGGCGGCCGUUGCCUUGGUGGUCGCCCUGAAGAAGAAGUUGGCCAAUGGUGAAAGCAGCUUUGAAACAUCUGCUGGAUACAACUUGUUGAACAGUGUGGUCUAAGGUGUUUGAACGUUUUCAGAAUGAUUGGAAAGAGGGCAUGAUGUGAUUAGUAAUAGCAAGAGAUCGAAUAAUAACCCUUUAGAAAGUUGAGUGUUGGUUGUG